CAUAACUGCAACCACACUCACAGAAGAAAAUAUGAAUAUCUUAGAGAAAAAUAUUGUUGAGAGCAUUUGCAAGUUGGAGAAGAUAUUCCCACCUGGUUUCUUUGACUCAAUGGAGCAUUUACCUAUUCACUUGGCAUACGAGGCAAAAGUAGGUGGACCUGUGCAAUAUCGUUGGAUGUAUCCCUUUGAACGAUACCUCUUUGACUUGAAGAAAAAAGUCAAAAAUAAAGCUUCUGUUGAGGGUUCAAUUGUUGAGGCAUAUCUUAUUGAGGAAAUUUCAUCUUUUUGCUCACACUACUUUGAGCCAUCUAUCUCGACAAGGCUAAAUAGAGUUCCAAGAAAUGAUGAUGGUGGACAUGUAGAACCUAUGGGACGCCUUUCGAUUUUCACUCAUGCAGGUCGACCUUUUGGGCAGUUGGAACAUGGCAGAAUGUUGUCAAAUGAAGAGUACUGUGCAGCACAUUUAUAUGUGUUAUUGAAUUGUCCUGAAAUUGAUCCGUUUAUUGAGAUUUUUUAUUCUCAUUUUCGAGAAACAAUACCAAAUAUCAGCGAUCAACAAAUUGAGCAAAUGCGAGAGCGAGAACUGGCUAAUUGGUUAAAAGACUAUGUGGGAAGGAACGAAGUUGAUAACUGCAUUUAUCAAAUAGCUCAAGGGCCCAGCCGAAAAGUACAAUCAUAUAAAGGAUAUUUUGUGAAUGGAUUUAAAUUUCAUCGACAUGAUUAUGGCAGAGAGCGAAAAACAUUAAAUAGUGGUGUAUGGGUCAAAGGAAGUUAUUAUAAUGAAUAUGAAAGUGAUUACUAUGGCUUGCUGAAUGAGGUAUUAGAAUUAGAGUACUUUGGAGAGAAAAACAAGAUAAUCCUUUUCAAGUGUGAAUGGUUUGACACUAAUAGAGGGGUAAGGGUCCAUCCUCAACAUGGUCUUGUGGAAAUCAAUGUCAAAUUAAGGCUAGCAUCAUCUGAUCCAUUUAUUUUAGCUCAACAAGCUCAUCAAGUUUGUUAUAUUAAAUAUCCUAAAAUCAAUAAAGUCAGAGUUGACUGGUGUGCGGUUUUCAAAACCAAAGCUAGGAGCACUUACAAUAUUGGACCUUCCAUGGUUAACAACAAUUCAAAUGAGCAAAACUCCAAUGAUGUUGCUUAUCAAGAGGAUGAUGUCUCAAGACCUCAAGAAAUUGUACCAACAACCGAACUUGAUGAUCCCACAAUGUUACUUGAUUCAAGUAGUAUGGUUGAGGUGGAUGUUAAUGAAUUGUAACAAGUGCAACAACCACUUGAAGUGGUGGAAGAUGAAGAUGAGGAUGUAGAGGAAGAGGAAGAGGGAGAGGAUGAGGAAGAGGAAGAAGACACUGAAGAGUCAGAUGACGAUUUAGAAGUUGAUGGUAUUGAUAGUGAUGAUGAUGUCAACUUAGAAGAUGAUUCUGAAUGAUACAUUGUAAAGUAUAUCAUAUUUUUAUAUAUAUUCAUAGACUUAAUAUUUGAUUAUUAUUUUUUC